AUGAAUCUUUUGAUUGCAAGGCGUAUGGAAAACCUGGUCGAAGCUCACGGUCAUGUUGACAAGGUCGUUGCCGAUGGCAAGGAAUACCAGGGCUGGAACGCCGCUCUCAAGUACCAGAACCCCAUUCCUGCCACUGUUGGCUGGCAAGCCGACAACCUCGACAACGGCUUCGUCUCUCCCGAUGCCUUUGGUACCUCUGACAUUGUCUGCCACAAGCAGGGCAAGAGCAACGGUGCCUACGUAACCGUCAAGCCAGGCAGCAAGGUCACCUUCAAGUGGGAUACCUGGCCCGUCAGCCAUGUUGGUCCUGUCCAAGAGUACAUUGCUGCUUGCAACGGCGACUGCGGCUCCGUCAACCCCUCCAGCCUUCAGUGGACCAAGAUUUCAUCCAAGGCCUGGAAGUCGGGCAGCAAUCCCGGCAAGUGGGCUACCGAUGACUUGAUCGCCAACAACUUCUCGUGGGACAUUACCUUCCCCAACGUUGCUCCCGGAAACUACGUCGUUCGCCACGAGAUCAUCGCUCUGCACGCGGCCGGCCAGACCAACGGCGCACAGGCAUACCCCCAAUGCAUCAACUUCAAGGUUGAGGGCUCUGGAACCGGAAGGCUCAGCGGUGGCACUCCCGCUACCAGCUUCUACACUGCCAACGACCCUGGUAUCAAGUUCAACGUCUUCACUUCCUUCUCCAGCUACCCUGUUCCCGGCCCUGCUGUCAAGACUCUGGCCAAGAGGCACGCCAAGGAUCUUGAGUACUAGAGCACCUUCUAUGCAGCACAGGAAAAAAAACAAAUUACUGCAUAAACUGCGUCGCGAGUUGAUGGAUGGCAAACCGGGUAAAGUCGCCGUAACGUGGACCAUCCCAAUCGCUUAAUCCUCGUGGAGAACCCCCCGGUCUUUUGUCUUGUUACACCUUUUUCUUUUUUCAAACAGACAAAGACUAUUUGUAAAUAACGACUAUUUUUUGAAGGAGAGAGAAG